CCGCGGUCACCUCCCCCCCGGGCCGCACCCCCGCUCGGGCGCCAUGCAGAAGGCGGGGCUGCUGCGGGGCUGCUGUGCCCAGGUGUGGAAGUCGCUGCGGAUGGCCAGCUCCGGGGUGGCGCGCCGGGACCGGCUGGCGAACAAAGUGGCCCUGGUGACGGCCUCCACCGAUGGGAUCGGCUUUGCCAUCGCCAGGCGCCUGGCCCAGGACGGGGCCCAUGUGGUGGUCAGCAGCCGGAAGCAGCAGAAUGUGGACCGCGCCGUGACCACGCUGCAGGGGGAGGGGCUGAGCGUGACGGGCACCGUGUGCCAUGUGGGGAAGGCCGAGGACCGCGAACGGCUGGUGGCCACGGCUGUGAAACUCCACGGGGGUGUGGACAUACUGGUGUCCAAUGCAGCCGUCAACCCUUUCUUUGGAAAUAUGCUGGAUGCCUCAGAAGAAGUGUGGGACAAGAUUCUGGACAUUAAUGUGAAGGCCACAGCCCUGAUCACAAAGGCAGUGGUGCCCGAGAUGGAAAAACGCGGAGGCGGUUCAGUGGUGAUCGUGGCCUCCAUCGCAGGCUACAGUCCAUUUCCGGGCCUGGGUCCUUACAAUGUGAGUAAAACAGCCUUGUUGGGCCUCACCAAGAACCUAGCGUUGGAGCUGGGCCCAAGGAACAUCCGUGUGAACUGCCUGGCCCCGGGCCUCAUCAAGACCAGCUUCAGCAGUGUGUUUUGGACAGACAAGGCAAGAGAAGACAGCAUAAAAGAAAUCAUGCGGAUAGGCAGGAUCGGCAAGCCUGAGGAAUGUGCGGGCAUCGUGUCCUUCCUGUGCUCUGAGGAUGCCAGCUACAUCAAUGGGGAGACCGUGGUGGUGGGUGGAGGGACGCCAUCCCGCCUCUGAGCAUCUGGAAGUUGCCCCACAAGAAGUCUGACCUUCAGUUCCAGGGUCUGUGACAGGCAUUUCGCAGCUCUGCCUGUCCUACUGCCCCCCUUACGUUCGCCUGCAAAAUCAGUCCUGCAGCUCAUCCUUCCCUGCACUCAAGGCAUGGUCUUAGAAGGAUCCCGGUGUUUUUUUAGUCAUGGAAAGACACCUCCGUAGAACACAGGGCAGGCAGGCCAGCUGAGAAGACUGGGUCUAUCUUGGCAAAGAGGUAUAGAAAUUUUUUGUUUUCCUGAGGGGCCAGAGAGAGAAUAUAGUGGGCAUGGUGCUUGCCUUGCACAUGGCCCACUAGGGCACUAGGGCACAGCCUGGUCCCUUGAGUACCUCCAGGAGUGAUCCCUGAGCACAGAUCCAGGAGUAAGUCCUGUGUUCUACUAGUUGCAUACACCCCCCAGGCCCCACCCCACCCCCAAAAAGAAUUUUUUUUCUGAGCAUCUGGGGGAUUUGAGGGAGAUGGGGGAGAAGGAACCUGGAACAGAAGAAGCUGGACGGGGAAAUUAACUUGCAAAUGAGGUGCAAAUAAAAUGCAGACGAUCCUA